CCGACGGUUACCAUUUUCUGCAGGAAGAUCUGUGCAAGGAUAGGUACUCACCAGGUGCGAACCAUGGCUUCCACAGGUUUCAGGAGAAGAAGAAGCUGAUCUGAAUGGACCAAAAGGCGCAAAGCAGGUGCAGGAAUGGGCAGGAUAACGUUGAUUGUAGGGGCGGUUGGCAGGGCGGACCGACGGGUCGAAGACCUGAAGGGCAUAAGGAUCGCAAGCUCUCUGCUGCAGUGGUCAGUUCUGUGAAGAUCCGGAAUUACUUAGGAGGACGAUAGAGGUUUGCUUCGAGUGCUGGGGUCAGUCGAGGUGUUCAAGAUCUGGCAGCGGAUGAGCUAAAGCUUGUGUGUUGAAGUAGCAGCUCUUAGAUCUCCCAUCCUUGGACAGCGUUGUUUUAAAUUGAACCUGGACAUCAGUCUUGAAACAUAGCCUGGACAGGAUAGUCUACUAGUUCAUAGGAUCAACAUAAAGAUUAGCAGGACAGUGACACAAACUUUCGGCAGAAGAGUGUAUCGAAGAUGACCCGCCGCUGCUCCCACUGCGCGCAGCAGAACCACAACAGUCGGACGUGUCCAGAGCGCGGCGUCCGGCUGUUUGGCGUACGGAUCCAUGAUCAGGGGGCAGGCGAGAUGAGCGAGAGCAUGCGGAAGAGUGUCAGUAUGGGCAACUUGAGCAACUACUCAGGAGCGACGGUGGACGCUGCAGACCCUGGGGAUGAGGACAGAGGAAAUGCGGCAGCGGACGGUUACCUUUCGGACGGGCUGGUUCAUGGGGCAAGGGACCGCAAGAGGGGGAUUCCGUGGACAGAGGAAGAGCACCGGUUGUUUCUGCUGGGGCUCCAGAAGCUGGGCAAGGGCGACUGGCGCGGCAUCUCGCGCACGUACGUGCAGUCGCGCACACCGACGCAGGUCGCGAGCCACGCGCAGAAGUACUUCAUCCGCCAGUCCAACAUGAACAAGCGCAAGCGGCGCUCCAGCCUCUUCGACCUCGUCACCGACCUUACCCCCUCGAUCAGCGCCCCCAAUCUGCGCAGCUCCGCUUCCUCCGAUGACAUCCGCAGCCCUGGCAUGCCUCCCCUCAGCCCCAACCCGGCUGCCCCCUCGUUUGGCCCCCCCGCCACGUUCUUCGAUCCUACGCGCAAGCAGUCAAACUUUCCCCUCCCCUCCUCCAGUUACCCGCCCCCCCAGUUCCAUUUCCCCAACUUCCCACCCCCGGUUAGCCAUGGCCGGUUAGCGACCAGUUACUCCACCCCUAACCACUUCCCGGCCAACAUCCCAUUCUCCCCCCCAAAUUACAUCUCCCCCGGUUUUGGGGGAAGCCUCGUGCAUCCCCCCAUGCUGGCCCGCCACUCGACCUACCCCCAAUUCCCCCUCCCCCCAGUCCAGAUGACGUCAUCGAAUGGGAUGACGAAUGGGAUGACGUCAGGGUUGACUCGGCAGCAGCAGAUGGCGGCAGUGACCGAGAUGGUGCGUGCCACGUCGUACGAGCGGUUGCAUGACCUGGGCGGCGCGAGCAACAGCGAACAGAGGACUGAAGUCACGAAGCCGAUCCCCCACAAAGCUUCCCCUUCCCACCCCCCUCCUCAGCCGCAACCGCCCCACGAACUCGACGAGAAGCUGAGAGACGCUGACCCCACGGCACAGCAAGCAUCCCAGCACAGCUUCGCGUCCCCCCCCUUCCACAACUUCUCGCACUUGCCGUGGUUUAGCAUGGGGCCGUUCGCUUAUGGGAUGAUGCAGAACGGGUUGUCGGGCGCGGUAAAUCAAACCAGUAGCAAGGUUUGCCGGCCCACCGCAAGCCAUCCCUCAGCGCCGUUGGACAUUCCCGGGUGCUCUGGCAGGGGGGAGGACGCUCAGGCUCCCGGAGAGGGGGCCUCUCCUUCGCUCUUGGAACCGUCCCCCCUAUCGGCGAGGCUUUUGGGGGAGGGGCCUUUGAGGCACUCGGCGUUCCAAUCAAAGCUGUCGUACAAAAACGGGGGCAUGAGCAACGGAGACGGGAAUAGUGUGAUAGGGGUGGUGUGAGGGUUAGAUUUUGGGGUUAAUUGUGUGGCGCGUGUACUUGUCCAUAUUGGAGAUUGACUAGCAGUUAGUUCAUGCUAAUAAGCCCCUAGUAGAGGGCGUGUCCAGAAGAUCCUGGGUAUAAGAGAGGAUACAGAACAAGUUUCUGAACCAACGAGGAUUCGAUACCAGUGCGGUGUACAUAAGCCAAUACCGCGCGGCACGAAACUUUGACGGCCAUACAUAGGAACAGCUCUGCUGGCAUAUGUUGCUGGAAACAGUUGACAAUGAAUGGUGGAAUAUUGACGAUUUUCGCAAGCUCGCACACGGUCGUGCACCUAGAUUUGCUAAGAACAAGGUUUGAUUACUCAUUAGAGCUUGGCUAAGGCUGCUUAAUGCAAGCGAACUUACUCUCGCCUUAGCUUUGAGGUAGCUCCACGAGGUCAGAGGGUGAGAUUUAGUCUCUCAAACCUAAGUUCUGUGGAUCCUAGAGUUUGCAACUAUAUCAACGGGUUUUUUUCGCAUCAAGUGACCAGGCUAGCUCGAAGGCAAAGUGUGUCUACUAGCUGGCGAUCCUGCUAGGUCUGCAUCCUACU